AUGGCCAUUGGCCUCGAACAGAGGGUGGCCUCCUACGGGUUCUUAUCCACAUACUUCAACUCCUCCUUCUUCAUCAGCCUCUUCACUACUUUCAAGUGGACCACAAAUGUGCCGCCAGCUCAAGACAACCAGCAUUGCCGAGAAGCACAACACGCUGACCCACCUCCUACGCACACACUCGACACCUACCUAGACGAAGUCAUUCAAGACACCACUCAAACCUCUUUAUCCCCCGAGAUCCAAGCCAUGCAACGCGCCGCGCGCACCGCCUACCUCGAGCGCCUCGCUCGCAUCUCAGACCGCACCUCCCUCCAAUGUCUAGAAAAUUCCACAAAAUCUCGCCUCGAAUUGGCAGCGCGUCUAGAUCGCGAAAGUCUGGAGAAACUCGAGCGCGUCACGAAGAUGCUGGAAAAGCGCGGAAUGAGAACUCCUCCUAAGGGGCAAAGAUGGCAGUUUAAUGCUCAUGCUUCACCGGUUGAAACUCAGGCUUCGAGUAGUAGUGAGUCGAAACGUGUGCAUUCUAUCUCGAUCUCGCCGACGUCGCCUUGUGAGCGGGUGGUUAUGCGGAGGGCAUCGGAAGGUAGUGUUGAUGAGGAGAAUUUCAGAGAGAAAAGGUUCGAGCAGUGGAUGGAGCAGGAUAUUGCGGGAUUAGAAUCGCGUGGGAAAGUGGAACUUGGUUUCUUCGAAAAGGACUUGGACUCAUCAAUGAUGGUGGAAUUGCCGGUCAAGAUCGAGAAUGAGUUCUUCAAUGGCGCGGUUAGAAGGGGGCAGGUCGUUGGGGAGCGAGAGGAAGGCGUUGGUUCUGUGGAGCUGAAUCCAGAAUUCGCGGACUAUGAUCAGGAGGAGGAGGAGGAGGAGGAAGACGAAGAGUGGACUGACCUAGGCGAAGUCGAAAACCUGGAGGACGAGUGA